AUGUCGCCAAGCAACAGAUCAACAGCCCGUGUUCGCGGGCUGGUGGGCAAACCACUUCUGUACUUUACAAGUGUAUUCGUAUCACUCGGCGUGUUUCUUUUUGGUUAUGAUCAAGGAGUCAUGUCUGGAAUUAUAACAGGCUGGUAUUUUAGAGAUUAUUUUAAUCAACCUUCACGAGCGGAAAUCGGCACAGUUGUCGCAAUUCUCGAAAUAGGCGCUUUGAUUUCAUCGUUAUUAGUAGGUAGAAUUGGGGACCUGAUAGGCCGCCGGCGAACAAUCUUAUACGGGUCUAUGAUAUUCUUCGUUGGUGGUGCUUUUCAGACUUUCGCUACAAGUCUCCCAUUGAUGAUGCUUGGACGAAUUAUUGCUGGAUUUGGAGUUGGUGCUCUUUCGACAAUUGUGCCAGUGUAUCAAUCCGAAAUUAGUCCUCCACACAAUCGUGGGAAGCUUGCUUGCAUUGAGUUCACAGGUAAUAUUUUUGGAUACGCUGCCAGUGUAUGGGUCGAUUACUUUUGCAGUUACAUUGAAAGCAACUAUUCAUGGCGUAUCCCAUUGCUUUGCCAGUGCAUCAUGGGUGCUCUUCUGGGGAUUGGCAGUGUUGUCAUCCCCGAAUCUCCUAGGUGGCUGUUAGACAACGACCACGAUGAAGAAGGUCUCAUCGUCAUUGCUAAUCUAUACGGCGGGGGAGACAUUCACAACGAAGCAGCGCGCCAAGAAUAUAGAGAAAUCAAAUUCGAUGUUCUCACAAUGCGACAGGAAGGAGAACGAUCUUAUACGGAUAUGUUUCGCCGCUAUUAUAAACGUGUUUUCAUUGCAAUGUCUGCCCAGGCUAUGGCUCAAUUGAACGGCAUCAACGUCAUAUCGUAUUACGCUCCGCUGGUCUUCGAGUCUGCAGGUUGGCCCGGGCGGUCUGCUAUUCUCAUGACCGGCGUUAAUGCAAUCAGUUAUCUGGCAUCCACCAUUCCUCCGUGGUAUCUUGUCGAUGGUUGGGGCCGUCGCCCAAUUCUGCUGUCCGGAGCCAUCGCUAUGAUGAUUUCGCUGAGUUUGAUGUCCUAUUUCAUUUUGAUCGACAUCCCGGCCACACAGACUCUUACCGUCAUUUGCGUUAUGGUCUACAACGCUGCUUUUGGCGCUUCCUGGGGCCCAAUUCCCUGGCUCUACCCCCCUGAAAUCUUGCCAUUGAGUAUUCGAGCAAAAGGGGCCAGCUUAAGUACUGCUGCAAACUGGGCAUUCAAUUUCUUGGUUGGAGAGGUCACUCCUGUCCUUCAGGAGUUGAUUAAAUGGCGUCUGUAUCUUAUUCACGCAUUUUUCUGCGCCUGCAGUUUUGUUUUGGUGUAUUUCUUGUAUCCAGAGACGAGCGGGGUCCGCUUGGAAGACAUGAAUGUACUUUUCGGGGACGCCACUACUGCUAUGCCUACGCCUGUAACCCAAGGAGAGCGCGAUUCCUUGAUUGGGGUCAAUUCACCUGUGCCUUCUCUUGAUCUUCACCGUCAACCUGGGCAAUUUACUUCUGAUAAUGCAAUUCCAGGCCUUAGCAUCGACCCUCCUACAAUCGGACCAGAUCACGGUGCCAAAGUCGGCAAUGGUGAUCAGCCUGGUGAUUCCGAAGGACGUAGCGAAGGCUUCGGGGGCUGGAUAUCAAAUAUGCUUGGCCGAAGCAAAAACCCGGCAAAGCGGAGUCAGUACCGCCGAGUUGAUCAGGAUGAAGAGAGCUGA